AAAAAAAAAGAAAGAAGAAACAAGCAGAAAUCAGAAGAAGAAGAAGAAGAAUAUAAAAAAAAGGAGAAGAAGAAGAAGAAGAAGGAGAAGGGAGAUUUUUCAGAGGAGGAUAUGGUGUUCCACGACGCCACCGGCGUCGAGAUUUGCGGCGGCGACGCCAGUGAUUGCUGCGCUUCCCCGGCGGCGAGGCGCCCCUACGUCGGCGACGAAUUUCGCGAGUUUGAUUUGUGUGGGGACGUGGAGCGAGUGCGAAGCAAGGACUUGCCAGGAGGUGGGAACCACAAGAACAAAGUUUACGGGACUCUCGCCAAAUUGUUCGGACCCAGGGUGCGAAAUGAGAAUCGGUGGGACGAUUUGCCUUCCACUCAUGUGACAACGAAAGUGGAUAAAAAGUUUGAUUUGUGUGGGGACGUGGAGCGAGUGCGAAGCAAGGACUUGCCAGGAGGUGGGAACCACAAGAACAAAGUUUACGGGACUCUCGCCAAAUUGUUCGGACCCAGGGUGCGAAAUGAGAAUCGGUGGGACGAUUUGCCUUCCACUCAUGUGACAACGCGUCCGUUUCCAGCGACGCGUCGGUCGUGGGCGCCUCCGCCACCGCCGCCUCAGCACCACCACCACCACCACCACCACCACAAUCAAAAUUACCACCACCACCAGUCACAAUACCAACCACCUCAGCCCAAGUUCAACUGCACCUACAUCGAAGACGUUGUGCCGCGAAACGACGCCCUGUGUGACAGCGUGCCGGACGUGUCGAGCAAGGCGGCGUAUUUGAGAACUAAAAUCUGGCGGCGGUUCAGUCUCGCCGAGGCGACUGGGCGGUCGUGGGCGCCGCCGCCACCGCCGCCGCCGCCGCCUGUGCGGAAACCCGUGACUGUCGUGUCACAACACCAACAACAACCGCCGCCCGGCAGUAGACGAACGGCGCCGAAACGCUGGCAGAGUUUGACUUCGUUGGGUGUCGGAGUGGCGGCGGCGAUGGCGGCGGGACGCCGUGGGAGCAGAACUGAGCAAGUGCUCGAGCCGGACGCGUUUUAUUCGCUGGCGGAUUAUUACGGCGGUCUCGUGGUGAACGGCGGCGGCGGCGGCGGUGGUAGAAGGAGUGGCGGCGAUCCGGACGAGGAUUUGUUGGACACGAAUGACGCGUCUUUGUUGGAUCAUUCCCCGAGUGAAUUUGAUACUAUCGAGUGGAAGAAGAAGGUCUUGACGACGCCGGGGACGACGACGACGACGACGGUGGCGGCUGUUGAGACGAGGGCGGCUGUCGGGGUGGUGAUGGGGAGCAGUAGGUUGGGGAAGCCGGCGAGGAAACCGCCUCCGCCGCCGCCGCCGCCGCAGACAAACGGGGGUUCUUCUGGGCCGCCUGUGGCGACGGAUGUUUGGGGAAAGAAAGACGAAGAG